GGCUGUAUGGGAGGUAGAAUUGGAGCCUCUGAGAGGAGAAAGCGAGACAUUCCAUUUCUUUCUUUUCCUCCACGAAGCCUUGCGGGGUCUCUCGGUCUUCAAAUUUUUCCAGGAAAAUUUUGAAGGGUUUGGAGGAUUUGAGCUAUAGAUCGAGGAGAGGGAGAAGGAAAAGAUUGAGAGAGAUAGGGAUCGGCCAUGGGACAGGCCUUUCGGAAGCUCUUCGAUGCCUUCUUCGGCAACAAAGAAAUGAGGAGGUAGCGUGUGGCAGAUGCUUUGGCUAAUCAGUCUACCUGCAACUCUAAUUGCUGAUCUAGCAUUGUCACUCAAGUUGUGAUGCUGGGACUGGAUGCAGCGGGUAAAACUACUAUUUUGUACAAGUUGCACAUUGGAGAAGUUUUAUCAACAGUUCCAACAAUUGGUGAACAUCUCGGAGAUGCUUUCGAUCUAGAAUCUCUGAAUUACUGCAAACUAAUUUAUGUUUUUAAGCAUAAUGCAGCUUUAGUCACAGCAUUUUCAUGUUUCAAUGUAGAGAAAGUUCAGUAUAAAAAUGUGAUGUUUACAGUGUGGGAUGUUGGUGGGCAAGAGAAACUGAGGCCAUUGUGGAGGCAUUACUUUAACAAUACCGAUGGUCUGAUUUAUGUAGUUGAUUCCUUGGACAGAGAAAGAAUUGGGAAAGCCAAAGCAGAGUUUCAGGCCAUCAUCAACGAUCCCUUCAUGCUUAACAGUGUCAUAUUGGUCUUUGCAAACAAACAGGACAUGAGAGGUGCAAUGACCCCGAUGGAAGUGUGUGAGGGGCUUGGCCUAUAUGAUCUGAGGAACCGGAUAUGGCAUAUCCAAGGGACUUGUGCUCUUAGAGGUGAUGGCCUCUAUGAGGGUUUGGAUUGGCUGGCCAGUACUUUGAAGGAACUGCAAGGUUCAGGCCGGGCCACCUCUGUUGGCACGUCAUCAUUCUGAACCCGAAAGGUUUCCGGUUAAUGGGGCCUCAGACCCACGAAUUGCUGGAGUUUAUUUAGUUAUAUUGCAAACAUUCACAUCACAAUCUGUAUUCUCGGCAAGAUCUGAUGACUCCACAUUGUUUUAACGGCUGUUAAUAUUCAGUAAUCUCUUGCUGCCAGCUUAAAACAUUCACUUCUGGGGAGACAUAACUUCAUGUAAAUACUGUGUCUGGUGGGAUACAUAGCUUGGGAUUUUUCCCUGCCCGUUUGUUGAGUAUACGGAUAUAUAUAAAAAAGUUGCCGUAUUUUGGGCAGAAGCCUGGAUUUACGUGCCAUGAG